AUGCAAGAAAAGCCGACAACAGUCGCCGCCUAUGCGGCUGGGGCUUCGCUCGCUGCCGUUGCCCUGUUCUACGUCUUCGGGCCGAACUACACAAUCGACGGAGAUGAGUCAAACGACAGCAAUCGCAAGAAGAGCAUCGUGGGUCUGUCCAACCCGGCCAAUGAUUGCUUUAUCAAUUCGGUGCUACAGGCAUUAGCCGGGUUGGGGGAUCUGCGGGUCUACCUGAUCCACGAGCUGCACCGGCGCGAACUGGAUGGACCAGAAAUAUACCACACACUGCCGAGCGAGGAUGAAAUUUCGCCGGCACGGUCGGACAAGUUGCGGGAAUUGCAACAGGGGAUAAUCACGCGGGCAUUAAAGGAUAUGUUGAACAGGUUAAACGAGCGCCCUAUCUAUAAGAAAACGAUCUCAGCCCGCGACUUCAUCCAGGCUCUGGAAUACGCAUUCCGCACGCGCAUCAGCCGCAAUCAGCAGGAUGCGCAGGAAUUCUUGCAGAUUGUUCUGGAACGACUCUGCGAUGAGUACCAUGCUGGUGUGCGCGCACGUCAACGAGCACUGGAUGCCGUUGGUGCAACUGCUUCCAGCACGACAGGCGAAGAGGGCAGACCCCAAGAAAGCUCGUCCGAGGUGGAGGUGCGGAUCGAUGAUGGAUCGGCCAAUGGACUGCCCGCCAUCAUCGACACGAAACUGAAGCAAAUCGACAAGGAGUCUGGGUUCCCCUUUGAAGGCAAAAUGGAGUCGCAGAUUGAGUGCCAGUUCUGCCAUUACCAAUACAAGCCGAAUCAGACGGCUUUCGUCAAUUUGACACUACAGGUACCGCAGAAGAGCUCCACUACGCUCAACUCUUGCUUCGACGGCCUCCUCAAGACUGAAUAUAUCGAGGAUUUCCGCUGCGAUCGAUGCCGCCUGCAGCAUGCUGUGGAUGUGAAGACCACCGAGCUAGCACGUGCUCGAACACAAGGUGAUCGAGAUCGGUUGAGCCAGGAGAUUUCGCGCAUUCGCGAGGCUCUGGAGACAGAUCCUGAGGCCGAGCUGGAGGGUAUCGUAUUCCCUCCGCCAGAGACUGCCCCCAAGCGCAGGAUUGCACGGCAUAUGCGCAUCACGGCGUUUCCAAAGGUCAUCGCUAUCCACUUGUCGCGGUCAAUCUUCGAUCAGAGUAGCUCGAGCAAGAAUGCUGCUAAAGUCUCGUUCCCGGAGCGGCUCCCCUUGGGAAGCAUCUUAAGCCAGAAGUGGUACAAGCUGCUUGCGAUUGUCUGCCACAAAGGUAGCCACCAUAGCGGACACUACGAGUCCUUCCGACGGAAUCACAUCUACCCGCCAUUUUCGACCCCCGAGGUCUUCAGCUCCUAUGCACAGAGUCGCAGCGCUAGUCAGAACACCUCCGCGGCGCCUAGUCCCCGGAUUGUACCACGUAGUAGCCCGGAUGUCAACGGCGAUGGAAGCAUUUCGAGAGCAGGCUCGUCAGCUUCGCUGUCUCCAGCCUCGGCCUCAACUUCAGCGGUCCAACUCACUCCUCCUCAGCAGCGGCCUACAACUUCUGGCUCACGUCGUUCUUUCCAGAGCAACACGUCUCAUUCUUCCAAACUGACGUUAUCCCCAGUGUCGGAUAGCAGCAGCCCGACGACGGACCAGGAUCGGUGGAAUCCGUCUGCCCCGCGAUCCUCUCGCGGCACACCCGGCUCUUCCCAGGAUAUCCCCACGGGGGUCAGUUCGCGGCUUCGGCGCCGUCGCAAACCGAACGAUCGCUGGUGGCGCAUCUCCGACGAGAAAAUCAAGGAAUGUAAGACCUCGGACGUGCUAGGCAUGCAGAGAGAGGUCUACCUCUUGUUCUACGAGUUGGAGAAGCCCGAUACUGAGGGGCAUAGAUAG